AUGGAGAUCUGGAAGAAAGAAUGGCAGGAAAUGGACAACAUAGAUCAAACAAGCAUCUUUUACAGAUUAAGCGACACCACAACAAAAGUAUUGGGAGACCAUACCGGCGAAGAAUUAGUCGCAGAUGGUGUAUCACCGAUUUUGUACAGUCGAGCGCUGGAGGAAUUAGCUGAGACAAACAAAGAAGAGUCGCCACAACAAUACGAUGCGUGGUACAGCCGUCAACGCGAAAGAUUCGAGACUUUUGUUGAAGCCUACCGAAAGAAACUUGAUCUCCCCCCCAGGCAUCCUGUACUUGAAAUGUUUGCCAAUUUCAAGGUUCACGAGGGUAUAGCAAUAUGA